ACAGGAAGUGAUUGGUGUCACAAACGGAAGUGAUUGUUUGUGUUUUUGUGCGACUGAAAGGCGCAGCGCUGAAAUCUGAGUCCGUAACUUUAGACUCCUGAAGCCGCAGAGUUCACCCUCCGUCCGCCGGAAGUCUUCCAGGAGUCUGUGUUCAGCCUCCGGUACCGGCUGCUGGUGCAACUGUCCGCUGUUUCGUGUCCGCGCUGAUGCCCGCGGACUGUUAGCCGUUAGCCGUUAGCCGGUGUUGUUGUGUGUCAUGGCGGCGGGAGGCGGCGCGGCUAAUGCUCAAGUUGGAGAUGUUGAAGAAGACGCUUCACAGCUGCUGUUUCCUAAAGAGUUUGAGAACUCUGAGACGCUGCUCAACUCCGAGGUCCACAUGUUGCUGGAGCACAGGAAGCAGCAGAACGAGAGCGCGGAGGACGAACAGGAGCUGUCCGAAGUUUUCAUGAAGACUCUGAACUAUACGGCUCGGUUCAGCCGCUUCAAGAACAGAGAGACCAUCACCGCUGUGCGCAGUCUCCUGCUGCAGAAGAAGCUCCACAAGUUCGAGUUGGCCAGUUUAGCAAAUCUUUGUCCUGAAGCUGCCGAAGAGGCCAAAGCCCUGAUCCCCAGUCUGGAGGGUCGGUUUGAAGACGAGGAGCUGCAGCAGAUCCUGGACGACAUCCAGACCAAGAGGAGCUUCCAGUACUGAGACCAGAACCAGGACUCCAGCUGGACCUCCGUCAGGACCCCGCUCCUUCUUUAUUAUUAUUAUUGUUAUGCAGGACGACUGAACUGGUCGUCAUCAUGUGAUCUGAUGACAUCACACAGGUGGUACAUUACCCACCUGUCACAAUAAACUUUGUCUUUUUUUA